AUGGGAGUCGUUUACGAUUUCAUCUUUGACAAUGCCUAUCAGCAAGACGCGGGAGAGGAAGAACGCAAGGUUCGUGAGAAGUAUCCUCUUCUCCUCCACAAGGACGAACGCGUGGAGCUGGCCUUUCGAGAUCGCGGUGGAAUUGGCCGUGACAAGGAAUACUUUACCAGCCACCGGAUUCUAAUCAAAGAUGGCAAGGGCGUGGGUAGCAAGCGCAAGAAUUACCAGAGCAUUCCUUACGCUUCGAUCCAAGCCUUCAAGGUUGAGACAGCCGGAAAGUUUGAUGGGGAUGUUCAAGUGACAGUUUGGUCAACCGGAGUUCCCAAGGCGUCAAUUGAUUUCGCAACAGCCAAUGUAGACAUUUAUCAACUUCAGCAAUUCUUGAAUUCCAAGGUGAUGGAUUUUGUGGUCAAAGCAGAGAACCCAGAGCUGCAGGAUAAAAUUGAUUCGACGCCUCCCAAGAUGGAUCAAAAGGAGAGCAAGGCAGGCAAAUUUUGGGAUUUGAUUAGUGAUAAUGCCAAACAAAUUGAUGCCAUGGAGGCCGAGGAAAUCUUCAAGACCACGAUGCCAGUUCUAUUGGCGAACGAACGGAUCGAACUAAUCUUCAAGAGUGGUCGUGAUUAUACUGCCUUGACGAACUAUCGUGUGCUGUUGGUGGAUGUUCAAGGGAUAUACGGAAUGAAGAUUGAAUUCAUCUCUAUUCUUUGGAGUAGUAUCAAGGCAUUUUCAGUACAAACGGCUGGUGCCUUUAUGGACCGCGAUGUGGAAAUGAGACUGUACACCAACAUUCUACGAAUGGAAUACAUUGAACAAGACUUUCGCAAAACUCAGUGCAAUCUGUUUGCCAUUCAAAAGGCCAUGUGCAACCAUGUCUUGUUGGGAGAACUGGGAAAUGUACCAGCCCCAUUUGCCGAUUUGGACUUGAAAGAAUCCCAUGUGGAUCAAAAGGGAUUUUGGUGGUUUCGGGACAACCAACGCCCUUUGGAUGCGGUCGAGAUGAACCGACAGUAUCAUCAAGACCCACCACUCUUGAUGGAGCGAGAACAAGUGGAAAUGGCAUUCAAGGGCCAUCGAGAUAUUACCAUGUUUACAAACUUGCGAGUCAUUGUUAUUGAUCCAAAAGGUCUAGUGGGGAAGCAAGUGGAGUAUACUUCGUUGCCGUGGAGAAGCAUUGUGGCUCAUUCGGCCACGUCGAGCGGCAAGUACCUAGACUGGGACUCUGAAAUCGGUUUCUACACCGAAAUGGCAUUCUAUCCUGGCGAAGCAGGUGGUGAUGAUAGGCCACCAGUUCCACCCCGUCCAUGGAAGUCGUUCUUUGAACUUGAUUUCAACAAGAACCUUGUCGACAUAAAUGCUCUGAACUACUACAUGUCACGGCGAUUGCUUUUGAUCAACAAAAUGGAAGUUGGAACACCUAUUCCAAUGUCAACUGGUUCCAAUUACAGCCGACCGACGUCCAUGUUUGGAAAGAUGCUGGAGUAUGUUGGGUCCGAUCAAAGUGAAAUCGAUGCAUCUGUGGUCGAUCAAGCCUUGCACGCUGGCACGCCGAUUCUUCUGGAGGAUGAACGGGUCCUGUUGGCAUUCAAGGCUGGGCGUGACAUGUCCCUCUUUACCAAUCUCCGUAUCAUGACAGUGGAUGUGCAAGGUCUGACUGGGCACAAAGUCGAAUACACUAGCAUCCCAUACAAGUCAAUCCGGGCAUGGUCGGUGGAGACUGCAGGACACUGGGAUACGGAUACGAAACUGAACCUGUACACAAAGAACAGAUGGCACAUUGCUAAAGUUGACAUGGAUUUCCGAACUGGACGAUGCGACAUUGCCCAAAUCAAUCGAUUCUUGUCGGCAUUGAUCAUUGGACAACCUGGCGACAGAAAAGUGGAUUUGGGAUUCAAGAAUUACAAUAGCGGCAGCCGUGAAGCAAAUCCCAUAAAAGCCAGUAGUUUCGGAAUCCUCGGAAAUUCCUGGGAAAUUGACAAAGUAGAAGUGGAAAAUAAACUCCGCACCGAUCCAUGUCUACUACUCGAUGAAGAAAAAGUGCUGAAAGCAUUCCAAUCUGGACGAGAUAUUGACGUGUACACCAAUAGAAGGAUGAUCGUUGUGGACACCAAGGGAUUAACCGGGAAGUCUGUCAAGUACAAGUCCUUGCCGUGGAAAUAUGUCGAAGGCUUCGAAUUUGAGACCGCAGGCCCGUUGAUCGACCGAGACGCUGAAAUGUAUUUGUACUACCAAUUAUCCGACGUUCAGUUCAUCGGACCACCUCGAAGCGUGACAUACUUGAGGACAAAACAGAGCUUGCUGGUGAAGAAUAUCAAUAUUUACGAGAUUGGCGCGAUCUUUGUUGGUCUUGUCCUUUUCAACCCCGAUAAUGAAAAGUACGAAGACGACCCUGAAUUUCCGAUGUUCGAAGGUCAGAGCAACAACGCUUACGGCAACACGGGGAAUACAUAUGACAAUAGCCGUAAUGCUUACAGCAACAAUGCCGCUUAUGAGACUAGUGGUAGUGCGGGUUACAAUGCUGGCACGGCCAGGAGCAAUGCACCAGCUCCGAGUGCCAACAGUGCCCCGACAACGGGCUAUCGGCCUCCCUCCUAA